AUGGGUGUCGCGUGGUAAGUAAUUAACUUAUUUCAAUGUUGUUUUUAGGGUUUUAAAUUCAACUUUAUUUUUUUAAAUAAUUGCUUUCAGGGUGAUAAAGUCAAAUGAAUCGGCGAAGACCGUCGAAGCGGCGUUGGAGAGAGCUGGUGCUGUGAAAACGGGUGGUUAUAAAGUAGAUUGUACGACUUAUCGACCGACUAUGGAUGUUGCUGGACAGAUCAAGAACUUUUAUGUUCUCCAUCAUUCCAACUUUCCGGAAUCUUCUCAUAUCUUCUGUGAUCUCAACGCUGAUGGAACAGUGUCGCCUAGAGCAACAUCAGAUUUGGGUUUUGAUCUCAUUUUACAAAAGUUCUCUAAUGCUUUGUUAAGCGAUAAUGCUUUAUCUUUCGAACUAACGGGGACAGAGUAUAAACUACACGACUUCAGGAUACGAUACGGUGUAGCUCUGAUGGGAAGGACGAGUGCUAAGGUAACAACUAUUAAAAUAAUGAAAUUAUUUAAGUGGAAUUACAAAAUGAACCAUCUAAAAUAGUUGUUUUUAGGGUAUUGUCGUGGAAUUCGAGUUUGCAGCUUCCCAAAUCACAAUUCAGUGCUUUGGGCUUCUCCAAGAAAUAGUGCAAGGUUUCUUCCCAGAGCAAAAAACGAUUCCGCUGCCAUUACAUCGUCAACGGAAUCAUACUGAAUAUUAUUACUCAUCCGAUACUCUAGAACAAUAUCUCAGAAUCUUUCAGGAAAUGAGAACAAUGUGA